AAUCCCUACUUUCACGUGACUUCACACUCAAAGUCCCACUACAUAUCUAAUCCAGCUGCUCCGCAACAGCACAUCGCCACCGUCCCCAGUUCCCUCCUUUUCCAAAACCCUACCAACACUGCAAAUGUUACACAAAUGACAACCAAAACGUCACCGUUGCUCUCCCUCCUUCUCCUCCUUUUCCUCUCUUCUACUGCCACAACCUCCGCCCAAUAUCCACCAUUAACGAACUCACUUCUUCCAUCCGACGCUGUUUCGUUACUUUCCUUCAAAUCACAGGCCGACUCAGAUAACAAGUUACUCUACGCGCUUAAUGAGCGUUACGAUUACUGCCAGUGGCAAGGCGUAAAAUGCGCUCAAGGCCGGGUUGUGCGCUUCGUUCUUCCCGGUUACGGUCUCCGAGGCACUUUCCCUCCCAACACUUUAACUCGCCUCGACCAGCUCCGAGUCUUGAGUCUACCCAACAACUCGCUCACCGGUCCGGUUCCCGAUUUAUCUCCACUUGUUAACCUAAAGUCUCUUCUUUUAAGUCACAACUUCUUCUCCGGAACCUUCCCGCUUUCCAUUCUAUCGCUCGAUAAACUUACUGCCCUUGAUCUGUCUUAUAAUAAUCUAACGGGUUUAAUUCCAGUUAACUUGACCGGUCUAGACAGGUUAUACUCUCUUAAGCUAGAGUGGAACCGGUUUAACGGAACGCUUCCACCCCUGAACCAAUCAUUUCUUGUAAUGUUCAAUGUUUCCGGUAAUAAUCUCAGUGGACCGAUACCGUUGACGCCUACUUUGUCUCGGUUCGGCACGUCAGCGUUCUCAUUGAAUCCGGAUCUCUGUGGUGAGGUUAUUAACAAAGCUUGCAGUUCACGACCACCGUUCUUCGAAUCACCGAACGCCACUUCCCCUCCUGCACCGCUCGGUCAAAGCGAGCAAUCACGGGGAAUAGAAGUUCUAACUCCGCCGUCCUCACCAACGCAUCACAAGAAAACAGGUUUAAUUAUCGGGUUCAGCAUCGGUUUUAUCUUGUUAUUUUCAUCCGUGUUGUGUAUUUUCUUAAUGGUCAGAAGAAGAGGCAGCGAAAGAAGAAACACAAAAGAAACAGAAACGCAGUCGUUUGACAACACGAAUACUUACCCUGAGCCAGAAACAACUUCAAGAAUAGCUGUUGAAGAAAACAAGUUCCGAGUAGAAACAAAAGCGAACAAAAUCCAAGUUGAAGAAAUUUCAAUAUCACAGAGAGUGAAAAAGAGCGGGAGUUUAGUGUUUUGUGCCGAUGAAUCUGAAGUGUACAGUUUAGAGCAACUAAUGAGAGCUUCGGCUGAGUUGCUAGGCAGAGGAACCGUUGGGACAACAUACAAAGCCGUACUUGACAACCAGCUGAUCGUGACAGUUAAAAGACUUGAUGCUUCAAAGACCGCCAUUACCAGCGCUGAAGUGUUCGAGCAACAUAUGGAUGUUGUCGGUGAGCUUAGGCACCCCAAUUUAGUGCCCAUUCGAGCUUAUUUUCAAGCUAAAGGAGAGAGGCUUCUUAUCUAUGAUUAUCAACCAAAUGGUAGUCUCUUCAAUCUCAUUCACGGUUCAAGAUCAACAAGGGCAAAGCCUCUUCAUUGGACAUCAUGCUUAAAGAUAGCAGAGGAUGUGGCACAGGGCCUUGCUUAUAUCCAUCAAGUAUCAAGGCUUGUUCAUGGCAACUUGAAAUCCUCCAAUGUCAUCCUUGGAGCUGACUUUGAGGCUUGCCUCACAGACUAUUGCAUCUCCAUCCUUGCAGACUCUUCUUCUGUUGAAGAUCCCGAUGCUGCAGCCUAUAAAGCGCCUGAGACUCGCAAGUCCAUCCGCCAAGCCACCCCCAAGUCGGAUGUCUAUGCUUUUGGGGUCCUCUUACUGGAGCUUUUGACGGGUAAACACCCGUCACAACAUCCGUUCCUUGCGCCCCAUGAUAUGCUUCAUUGGGUCAGAACAACGAGGGACGACGAUGGUGGGGAUGGUGACCAACUUGGAAUACUUACUGAGGUUGCUAGUGUUUGUAGCUUGACGUCACCGGAACAAAGACCGGCAAUGUGGCAAGUGUUGAAGAUGAUUCAGGAGUUAAAGGAGACUGUAAUGGCGGAAGACAACGCAACUUUUGGUUACUCAUAGUCAUUUUCUACAUCGAAAAGAUUGGGGUACAUUAAAGAAAAUCAAAACUUGGAGGGGACAUCAUCUGUAAUUUUGGAUUUGAAGUAUUCGCCCCAAAGCUAAGUUGGAAAAUCUUACUAGACUUCCUGAGGCCUAGCUGGAGGUUGAGUUUUAUCAGUACAGAAAAUAGAUUGAAUUCAUCUUUUGCAAUCUCGUAUAUGUAUCAUAAAUUUGUGAAAGCAGCUUUUCUUUUCCUUUCU